CAUCAUCCAACCAACUCGUUAAAUCUUUUGUGUACUUCCACUAUUCAUCUUCAAUCGACAAGACGAGUGUUUUUUUCUCCACCCAACAACCUAAUUCGAGUACCACGGAUCAUAGAUUUCAUUUUUUUGUUUUUCAUAUAUCAAUUGGUGUGUUUUUGAACUAGAAUUCAAGAAAAUCAAUGGAUUCAUCGUCAUCGUCGUCGUCAAAAUCAAAGACAGAGACAUUGGAUCGGACACUCCACGCAGUGGGGUUCGAGAUCGGCGAGCUGACGCCGAGCAAGGUGACGGGGCGGCUGCCGGUGACGGAGAAGUGCUGCCAGCCGUUCAAGGUGUUGCACGGCGGCGUUUCGGCGCUGAUAGCGGAGGCUCUGGCGAGCAUGGGGGCCCACAUGGCGUCCGGGUUCCGGAGAGUGGCCGGAUUCCACCUGGGCAUCCACCAUCUCAAGAGUGCCCGAAUCGGCGACCUCGUCGUCGCCGAGGCCACGCCGGUCAACGUCGGCAACACCGUUCACGUCUGGGAAGUCAAGCUCUGGAAGGUUGACCCGUCGGAUGAAGAUAAUAAACGAGUGAUGAUUUCUUCUUCUAGGGUUACUCUCUUGGUCAUGGCUGUUCCUGAACACGCCAAAGAUGCGGAUAUUAAUCUCAAGAAAUUUGCUAAGUUGUAAUCAAUCCAAUUUCGUUUCUGUUUCUGGGCAAUCAUAGUUGCAGAAUUCUGAUCGGAAAUUAGAUAAUAAGAUCGAAUUUUGCUUUGUAUUUACUCCACCAUGAAUUUAUCUCGUGAUGAAUGAUUGAACUUUGUUUGGUCUGGUC